AUGGUUCGCCACUACCAGCGGCUGCGGCACGUGAGCACAGGCCGUUCCGGCGUGGGUUUGCUCGUGCAAGAUGCACAGACUGGGCAACUGGCGUUGAUGAAAGCCAUCGAGGUGUCGCCCCUGAGCAGCGAGGAGCGGCUGCAGCUGCUGAAGGAGCUCCGGCGCCUGGCGGAGCUGCGGCAUCCACACCUCUGCGGGCUCAGAGAGUGCUUCCUACACCAAGGGAAGCUGUGCACCGUGCUAGACUACUUGCCUGGUGGAAACCUGGCCGCAGAGGUGGCUGCUGGGCGAGACUUGGGCGACAAGGUCCUGCUGUGGUUCACGCAGGCACUGCUUGCGGUGGACUACCUGCACCGCAUGGAGGUGCUCCACCGGGAUCUGCGGCUCAGGCAGCUGCUGCUCACGCGCGAGGGGCUCGUGGUCCUGACCGGAGUGGCCUUGUCUGCGAUUCUCAAGCACAAGCUCUCCAACGAGAGGCCGGAGAUGGAAGUGAUGUGCUACCUGGCACCCGAGAUCCUCCUUGGGACCGAGGAGCACAGCUGUGCCUCUGACAUGUGGGCGAUGGGUGUGAUCUUGUACGAGCUUGCAGCCUUGAAGCCGCCCUGGAACCACGCGGACCUGGCCCAGCUGCGGGAUGGCCUCCAACGGCCUUUACGUCCCUUGGCGGCGCGGCACGCGGAGCUCUCACCGCUCUGCUACUCCUUGCUGAAGCGCCGGAGGUUCCAGCGUCCGAGCGCCGCGAUGCUGCUGCAGCAUCCGCUCAUCCAGAAAAGGCUCUUGGUGCUUCUCAAGUGCGAGCAUGAAGAGACCUGUAGCAGCUGGGCACUUCCAACGCCAGCACACUGCUGGAACUCCGGUGCUGCAGGGCCCGGGCCGCGCCCUGCUGUGCUCUUCGGACGCCCACGUGGAUUGGAGGCGAGCGAAAUUUGGAGGGACGCCGGUGGGGCUGUGGACGUGGGUGCUCCUGAACAGGUCCUGGUGGACAGGCCACAGCCGAUCCCUGCGUGGAUGGUGCUUGGUCGAUCGCGACAACCUGGAAACACGGAGCACCGCGGCGAAGGAGGGAGCAGCGGGACCUCGGCCGCGGUGGGCCGUGGGGGGACGAACGAUGGUCGCUUGGCCGUGGAUUCCGCUCGUGCCGGUGCAUUGGAGCUGAGUGUGCUGCGCUUGAACUUCAACCCUUCGAGGAAGUUUCAGAACGUCUACCGGGUGGGCGCUCGCCUGGGCGACGGCAGCUUCGGCUCGGUGCACGAGUGCGAAGUUCGUGCCACCCAAGAGGCGCGAGCGGUCAAGCUGCUGCUGAAGAGCCGCAUGAAGGACGACGGAGCGGCCAUUGCGAAUGAGAUUGAGAUCCUUACGAAGCUGGACCAUCCCAACGUGGUGAAAUUCUACGAGUUCUUUGAGGAUCGUCGAAGCGUGCUCUGUGUGGUUGAGCUGUGCCGCUCCGGAGACUUCUGCUCCUCCCUGGAGGGGAAAAGCAAGGAUACGGUGCGAGUCCUGUUCCGGGACGUGAUGCUGGGCUUGGCCUACUUGCACAGCUUCGGCAUCGCCCACCGAGAUUUGAAGCCUUCGAACUGCGUGUUGACCUUCAACGGCAAGCGGGACCUGGCAAAGAUCAUCGACUUUGGCUUGGGUGCCAUUCGCCGUCAGGAGGAUGAGGCAGAGGAGUGGAUGAGCGAGGUUCUGGGCACCUUGGCCUUCGUGGCACCUGAGGUGGUCGAGCAGAGCUACAAUGAGAAAUGCGACUGCUGGUCCUUUGGCAUCAUGGUCUUCAUGCAGCUCACAGAGGGCCAGCACCCGUACGACCUUCAGAGUCGGGCCUCGACCUUCAACUUGAGCAACCGCCAACUGCUGGCGCGCUUGCGUUUGGAAGACCCCGUCCUCGAGGAUCUCUCAGAUGCCAAGGGUCGAGAUCUGGUCUCAGGACUUCUGGUGCGUGACCCCGCCCAACGCCUCAGUGCGCAGGAAGCGCUGCAAAAGCCUUGGCUGCGGCCCCGGAGCGUGCGCGAGAGCGAGACGCGGCGGAUGUCGCGACAGGAUCGUAAGCUGCUCCGGCACAGCCUGGGCUCCUACAAGGACCUGGCCUUCUUUGACAAGGCUGUCCUUCUGAUGGCGUCUCAUUUUCAGCAGCCAGAGGUGAGCCGCCGCGCCUCCGAAAUCUUCAUGUCCAAAGAUCUGGAUAACUCCGGAUAUUUAAACGAAGAGGAGCUGCAAGGAGCUCUAGAGGCCGUCGGCAUGAAGCCGGAUGCCGAGCUCCAAGAUGCUUGGCGAAGCCUAGACACCAGCGAGGAUGGGCGCGUGAGCUACAGCGAGUGGUUGAGUGCUACCAUGCAGCCCGCAGAGUUGGAGUCCGAAACCUCCGUCAAGGACCUCUUCUCCUGGUUGGAUUACGACGGGGACGGCCAGGUGAGCUUGGCCGAGGUCGAGCGCUUCGUGACGCCCGAGGAAGCGGCGGAGGUUCUGAAUUCUGCUGGUCACAGCGGCGUGAUGAACCUCCAGGAUUUCAGGGCUUUGAUCAAAGAGAUCGCCCACCGGCGUUAUGGCACCAUCGCGGCCUACGCCAGCGAUUCAGAGGGCGAAGGCUUCUCGUCGGUGAGCCCGACCAAAGCCGCGGUUGCCAAAGUGCAGCCCACUCUUCCAGCACAACUGCCCAGGACUCUGCUGAUGGGCAAAACCUUCUGA